CCGCUAAUGAAGCGGCGAGAAACCGAGACCACAAAGGGACGGAAGCUUCAAUGAACGAUCUCGAAGAACAAGAGAACUGCAAGAGCGAACAGACAACGGACGUGUCGGAAGCAGUUAUGUCUGCGGCGGCGACCGACGGCGUUGCUGCGGCGGCGCUGCGAUCGGUGAUUCAGCGGGUGAAUCAGGCGGCCGAGCGAGCGGGUCGCGUGUCGGAUCGGAUUCGGGUCGUGGCGGUGAGCAAAACCAAACCCGUUUCUCUGAUUCACCAAGUUUACGAUGCCGGUCACAGGUGCUUCGGCGAGAACUACGUCCAAGAGCUCGUCGAGAAAGCUCCUCAGCUUCCUGAUGAUAUAGAGUGGCAUUUCAUUGGGAACUUACAGAGCAACAAAGUCAAGCCUUUGCUAACGGGGGUCCCUAACCUUGCAAUGGUGGAGACUGUAGAUGAUGAGAAGAUUGCAAGUCUCCUUGAUCGUGUGGUUGGGAAUAUCGGGAGAAAGCCCUUGAAAGUCUUGGUCCAAGUGAACACCAGUGGUGAAGAGUCUAAAUCGGGGGUUGAGCCUUCAGGAUGUGUUGGACUCGCGAAACAUGUAAAGGAGGCUUGUGCUAACCUCGAGUUCAGUGGCUUAAUGACAAUUGGGAUGCCAGAUUACACUUCAACACCCGAAAAUUUCAAGACAUUAGAGAAGUGCAGAAGCGAGGUGUGCAAGGACCUGGGAAUUCCAGAGGAUCAAUGCGAGCUAUCAAUGGGAAUGUCUGGUGACUUUGAGUUGGCCAUUGAAUUGGGAAGCACCAACGUGAGAAUAGGAUCGACCAUUUUCGGGGCAAGAGAGUACCCGAAGAAGAAAUGACGCCCCAUGCAACCAAGUUUGUGUGAGAGAUUUAUGAUUCUAUUCAAUCAAUAGGUUUGUCGUAUCAUAUCAUAGCAUAUGCAUGGUUGUUGUCAUGUUAACAUGAUGCAUGAUUAGAAGGAGAAUCAUACUUGUGAAGAAGAUUAAGGGGAUCUUUUUAGUGUUGUUGAUCCAUACACCACUUCUAGAUAUCCUUUUUUUGACA